CCAAUCAAAUGAAAGCAAGCUUCAGUUUUUGCAAGGCGCCAGUUUUGUUUUUGUCUACAAGUUGACGGCUGCAGGUUCGCUAGCAGAUUCGGUCGCCAUGGCGGAUAACACUUUCCCAGUCUACGAUGUGGACUUUAUCGUGAACUAUUACCGCAAUGAGGUUCUGACCGGCCAGGAGGCCCGGAAGGUCAGCAAAGGAGACCUGAGCCCGGUCCCCAAGCCUGAAGUGGUUCAGACCAUCUACAUGAGGGUCCUGUACCUGGUGUCGCGCUUUGGACCAGAGUGCCACUCCAUGGUUCCCCUGUCAGAGGACAUCCAGAACCCGACCUAUCAUGAGGGGGCUGCUGCCAUCCUUAGCCUCUUCAACCGCAUGAAGCAGUUCCUGCAAAUGUGCCUGAUGUACGACUUCUCCCUCAAUGAUCUGCUGGCUCCCAAGAAACAGCGGACUCUGGUCAUUCUGAGCGCCAUCAUGAACUUUCUGAAAUUCAGGAAGGAGAGGCUGGAGAGGAUGCUGGAGACGCGCGCUGUGCUGAGGGCAGCCAAGGAGAAGCAGGAGCUUUUCAACAAAGGCAUCAGAGACCUGGAGAAGAAGAUCCAGCUCCUAACGACCAUCCCCCCAGAGCAGCAGGCUGAGGCUGAACGGCUGGCAGCUGAUCUCUCCGAGCUGCAGGCCAACAUCCGGCAGGAGUACAAGGAAGGGAAUGCCAUCAGUGAAAGUGUUGCGGAGCUGAAGGCCAAGAUGGCAGAGAAGCAGCAGAGGCUGGCCCAGGUGAAGGUGGAGGUCGGUGAACUGAAGGAGGAGAUCACCAAGAUCAAGUCUCAGAUCGUGGAGUCUCCAGAGGAGCUGAAGAGCCAGAUGGAGAAGAUGAGGGAGACUGUGAAGAACAUCAAGAAGUCCAUUACUGACACAGACGAGUGUGUGAUGGAGAUGCAGAACCGGGUGGAGAGCGUGAAGCACGCCGAGGCUCAGUUCCAGCAGUUAAUCGUCCUCCUGCAGGACCUGGAGAGAGGCCUGAAUGCCAACAAGCAGCUUCAGGAUGAGUACCAGAUGUUGGUGAGCCAGAACGAGAAGAUGGAGAAGGAGAUGAAAAAUCUCUGCAUCGAGGAGACGCAGCUGAAAGAAGCCCUGGACAUAAGGCGGGACAAGGAGUGCAAACAGAGCAUCCGCCGACAGAAGAGGAGGGAGAUGAAGGAACAACAUGUCCAGGGGGUGUUGGGGCAGUGUGACCAAAUCCACCAGAAAAGGGAGGAGAUGGCAGAUAAAAUCCAACAGAUUAAUGGAGAGACCCAGCAGAUGAAGGCCAACAUCAAGAGCCUGAGAGAGGUCUGCAGCAUAGAGACGGAGAAGGCCCAGGUGCUGUACGACACCCUGAUGGCCUCCAUAGAUGAACUGAACAAAAAGAUCGAGGUGCACUUGGAAGAUCUGAAACUGAACCUCAGCAAGUACUCUGACUCCAUCUGAUGCAGCGUGGGUCCCAUGUUACCAGAGGAAUUUAGAUCAGGGGUUGUCUACUGCUUCAUGUCAAGUCCAGAAGCAAAACUGUUUAUAUUUUAUUUAGAACCUGUAAAAUAAAAGGUUUCAGUUUCACCAAAUCAGAA